GCGACGUGAAGAUGUGGCGCGCGCACGUCGGUGAGGAGGUGCUGCGCGUGCCGUCCGCCUCGGCCGUGGUGCUGGCGUGCACCGCUGCCGCCGGCGGCGUGCUCACGGUCAGCCUCAGCGGUCAGGUGGCCAUGGCGGAGGCGGCCAGCGGCGCGCCGCGCUGGUCGCGCCGGCUCGAGAACGUGACGGCGGCGGUGUGCGACGGCCAGCGCGCCUACCUGGCUGCCGGGCGUGCGCUGCACGUGCUGCGACUGAGCGACGGCCACUCGGAGCGACAGCUGGCGCCGGACGCGCGCAUCACCAGCCUCACCUGCAUGCCCGAGGGCGCCGACGACAGCCACCUGGGCGUUGCCAUGCUCGGUCUGGAGGACGGCCGGGUGGCGGUGGCGCUGGCGGACCGCGGCGACCUUGUCUCCAGCCUGGCGCACGCGGGCGAAGUCACCUGCCUGGCGUUGACCAGCGACCCUAUCCUGGCCUCCGGAGGACGGGACGGCAUGGUUUUGCUCUGGACGUCGGACGACGGCUGGCGGGCGCCGGUCCGCUCGCUGGAGGCGUUCUCCGUGCCUGUGUCGGCGCUCGCCUGGUUGGAGAACAGCCUGCUGGCGGCCGGCCAGGACUCGCAACUGGUGGUCUACGCGGACGCCGACAAGCCCGACAGCGACGAGCUGACUCGGCGGGUCAUCACCGGCAACGACGCGCCCGUCUGCUCGCUGGCCGUGGCGGGUAACCACGUGCUGAGCGCCACGGCCGGCGGUCAGGUGCUGCUGUGGACGAGCCGGCUGGUGCCGAUGCACUGUGUAGCCAGCUUCGGCGAUCACACUGCCGACGUCAGCAGCGUGACCGUGACAAAGAACAGCCUGCUGUCAGCGUCGCUAGAUGGCAGCGUCAAGCUCUGCCUGGACGCGGAUGGCGCGCUCUCGUUCACCGCCGCUGGCGUCAUGCCUGACGGCGUGUUCGCCGUGCACGUGACCCUGGAGCCGGCCGGCGGCGGCCACCACAAGCUGGACUGCGGCGCCGAUCCGGACCCGGCCGUGAUGCAGGUGCGCGCGCUGGGGACCUCGACGCUAGUGGCCUGCGACAGGAACGGCAUGGUCUGUCGGCUGGAACAGUCGGAGCGCCUCAACGUGCUGCGGUUGGGCGAGUUCGAGUUCGCCAGCUGCGUGCGCCACUGCGCGCUGGUGGCGGCGCCGGCUGCCGGCCUGCCAACGGGCCUAGUGUGCGGCGACGACCGCGACCACGCCACCGACGACCCGACGCCAGAACUGACCAGCCCCGCGCGCGACCCGCCGUCGUGCGCCGACCCGCGCCCGGAGUAG